UCCGUCCGGUGGCAGUCGUUGUCCCUGGAAAGGCUGCUUUCUGUCUCCCUCAUCAGCUUGUUUGAAGUGCGUCUGCUCCUCCAGGAGAAUAUCUGUGACACAUUACAAUGCUUCAAAUAAGGGAGCUCAUCUGGGGAUUGCUAUUCGCUGGCUGUGCAGCUGCCAUCCAGGUGCAAAUCACUCCGACACAAGGAGAGAUCAGCGUAGGAGACUCCAAAUUCUUCCUGUGCGAAGUUUUGGGAGAUGCUAAAGACAUCGACUGGUACGCCCCCAGCGGGGAGAAGAUCCUCCCCAACAGGCAAGACAUUUUCGUGAGCCGCAGCGAUGAAACCAUGUCGACCCUCACCAUAUACCACGCCAACGUGGACAGCGCCGGCAUCUACAAGUGCGUGGCGAAGAACGGGGACAAGGAGGCGCAGGCCACGGUCCAAGUGAAGAUCUUCCAGAAGAUCACCUUCCAGAGCGCUCCCAGCCCGCAGGAGUUCAACGAAGGAGAUGACGCCGACAUCGUCUGCGAUGUGGCCAGUUCACCUCCGCCCACCAUCAUCUGGAAGCACAAGGGCUCCAAGAUCCAGGUGGAGAAAGACGUGCGAUUCAAGAUCAUGGAUAAUGGCCACCUGCAGAUCCGCGGCAUCAAGAAGACAGAUGAGGGCAUGUACAACUGUGAGGCUCGUGUCAUGGCCAGGGGAGAGAUUGACUUCAGGAUGAUCAAGGUCGUUGUUAACGUUCUUCCCACCAUCCGCGCCAGGCAGUCGGACAUCAACGCUACAGCGGACGUCGGUAGCUCGGCUCUGUUGGCCUGUGAUGCAGACGGCUUCCCUGAACCCACGGUCACCUGGGCACAUAACAACAUUGUCCUUGAGACGGGUGAUAAAUACAGCCUGAACGAGGAUGGUUCAGAAUUGGUAAUAAAAGAUGUCAAGAAAGUGGAUGAAGGAGAUUACACUUGCAUCGCCAAGAACAAGGCGGGAGAGAAAGCCGAGGAAGUCAGCCUGAACGUGUUCGUGCAACCCAAAAUUACCUACCUGAACAACCAGACCGCCUCAGAGUUUGACGAACAAGUCACGCUGACCUGUGAGGCCUCGGGCGACCCCACACCCACCAUCUCCUGGAGUUUUGAGAACAGGGUUUUCACCGAAGGAGAACAGAGCCUUGAUAGAAAUAUCGUGGUACGCAGCCACGCGCGGGUGUCUUCGCUCACCUUGAAAAACGUCCAGUUCACGUAUGCCGGCCAGUAUCUCUGCACCGCCAGCAACUCCAUCGGUCAGGACAACCAGCACAUGUACCUGGAGGUCCGCUAUGCUCCAAAGAUCCUGGGCGCGGUGGCGGUGUACACGUGGGAGGGAAACCCGGCCAACAUCAGCUGUGGGGUGGAGGCUCACCCCGGAGCCUCGGUGGUCUGGUUCAGAGACGGCCUCCUGCUGCCCUCCGCCAACACCACCAACGUGAAGAUCUACAACACGCCAACCAUCAGCUACCUGGAGAUUACCCCCGACUCUCAGAAUGACUUUGGGAGCUACAACUGCACAGCCACCAAUGUGAUGGGCACCGAGUCCAAGGAGUUCCUUCUUAUCCCAGCAGACGUGCCAUCAUCACCUGAAAUUGAACAGGUGGAACCUUUCUCCAGCACAGCCGUGAUAGAGUUUGACGAGCCGGACUCCAUAGGUGGAGUGCCCAUCAUCAAGUACAAAGUGGAAUGGCGUUUGCUUGGCCAGGAUUGGACCAGCAUGGAGUACAACGCUGAGGACUACUUGACCAAGAUCACCAUCGUUGGCCUGAAGCCGGAGACCACCUACGAGGUCAAGAUGUCCGCCAUCAACGGCAAAGGUGAAGGCGAGAGCAGCAGGACCAGCACUUUCAAGACCGAGCCCGUCCAUUAUUCUUUCACAAUUUCAUCAGAGAUCCCACCCCCUAUCGCUGCCACCAGUAUGGCCCGUAAAGGGGAACCCAGUGCCCCCAAACUGGAGGUCAAGGUCCAAAACAGGGGCAAUUCUCUGAAGGUGAACUGGAUCAAGCAGGACGAUGGCGGUUCCCCAAUCAAACAUUACCUGGUCAGAUACAAGGCUAAGCAUGUAUCUGACUGGAAACCGGAGAUCCGCCUGCCCCGUGGCAGCGAGUAUGUGGUGCUGAGCGGCCUGGACUGGAAUACAGAGUACGAGGUCCACGUGGUGGCAGAGAAUCAGCAGGGCAAGUCGCAGCCAGGCAUCCUCUCCUUCAGAACAGCUACAGAGCCCACCACCAUCCCAGACGCCACGGCCGGUGGCUCUGGCCUGGGCACCGGGGCCAUCGUAGGCAUCCUCAUCGUUGUCUUUUUCCUGCUGUUGGUGGGCGUGGACGUCACCUGCUACUUCCUCAACAAGUGCGGACUCCUCAUGUGCAUUGCUGUGAACUUCUGUGGGAAGGCCGGGCCGGGUGCCAAGAGCAAGGACAUGGAGGAGGGCAAGGCAGCAUUCACGAAAGACGAGUCUAAGGAGCCCAUCGUUGAGGUGAGAACAGAGGAAGAACACGCCCCAAACCAGGAAGGAGGGGGUCCCACUGAGCCUAACGAGACCACGCCUUUGACAGAACCCGACGGUAAGACCGUGAAGGAUGAUAACACCAAAGGCGAGACGGAGGUGAAGAACGCCACGGCCGAGGUGAAGACGGUCCCCAACGAGGCUCCCCAGACGAACGGCAAUGAAAGUAAAGCGUAAUUUCCCCGGCCGGCCGCAGCGGGAAGAAGAGGGU